GAUCAGAUCAUUGAAAAGUUAACAUCCGCGCCUGUCUUGGGUUAUGCAAAUCCGAGAUUACCUUAUGUUGUUCAUACUGACGCGAGCACAACAGGUCUGGGCGCAGCAUUAUAUCAAGAACAGGAUGGCCAGACCCGCGUCAUUGCGUAUGCGAGUCGGGGUCUCUCGCAGUGUGAAGCCCGCUAUCCAGCCCACAAGCUGGAAUUUUUAGCUUUAAAGUGGGCCAUUACCGAAAAAUUCCAUGACUAUUUAUAUGGCAACGUGUUCACAGUCAUUACUGAUAACAACCCUUUGCAGUAUGUUCUAACUAAAGCCAAACUAGAUGCUACUAGUUAUCGAUGGUUAGCAGCCUUGUCUACGUUUACUUUUGACAUCAAAUAUCGCGCCGGCAAGCAAAAUCAAGACGCCGAUGGCCUGUCAAGGAGGCCACAUGGUGAACUAAUCAGUGACAGUGCAUCUCAAGAAGAGAGUCAAAGAAUACAUGACUUUACCUCAUACCAUCUUGCACCUGUGAACGUUGUCCAAGCCACAUGUCAACUCCACACAAUUUUUCAAAAUGAUCCUGAACUGUCUCCAUGUUACAUUGAGUCACUUGCCGUGCAUCCAGAUGCUAUUCCCUCAGCAUUUUCUGAUGAUGAAAAUCUUAGUGGUCUUUCAACCAUCCCUAAGUACAAUGAGGCUGAGAUAGCUGAGUUGCAACGAGCUGAUCCGGUAAUCAGUGUAAUCAUAAAGUCAUGUGAGUCAGCAGAACCUGUCCCUGAUGGUAAUAACUGUCCUGAACUCCAGCUCAUGCUCAAAGAAAUGAGUCGAUUUGAAAUAAGAGACAGUCUGUUGUAUCGGAAGAGACAGUGUGACAACAAAACCAUCUACCAGCUUGUUUUACCCAAAACAUUGAGAACCCCCGUGCUCUACAGCUUACAUGAUGAAAUGGGCCAUUUAGGAGCCGAAAGAACUCUUGAGCUAACUAGAUCUCGGUUUUAUUGGCCAAAAAUGUCUUUCGAUGUUGAAUCUAAGAUUAAAAGCUGUCCAAGGUGCGUUAAAAGGAAGAGCCAACCCGACAAAGCCGCACCUUUAGUCAAUAUACAGGCAAGUCGGCCGAUGGAACUGGUCUGUAUGGACUUUUUGUCCAUUGAACCUGACAGUCAUAAUUACAAGGACAUUCUGGUCAUAACUGACCACUAUACAAAAUAUGCAACUGCUAUCCCAACUCGAGACCAAAAAGCCCUAACGGUAGCCAAAUGCCUUUGGGAACAGUUCUUUGUCCAUUACGGGUUCCCUGAACGUCUUCACAGCGACCAAGGCCGCGAUUUCGAAUCACAGGUCGUCAAAGAGUUGUGUGUUUUGGUUGGUACUAAGAAAGUGAGAACGAGCCCCUACCAUCCUCGGGGAAACCCCGUCGAGCGGUAUAACCGCACGUUGCUCAGCAUGUUGGGUACGCUCAAGGACAAAGAGAAAACUAGGUGGCGCGAGUACGUCCGACCCCUUACUCAUGCAUACAAUUGCACAAGGAGUGACGUCACCGGGUUUUCACCCUAUGAAUUAAUGUUCGGGCGCCAACCUAGACUGCCCAUAGACAUUGCGUUCGGGUUACCAGUUAAGAACAAUCCGGGCAUGUCUCACUCACAGUAUGUGAAAAACCUUAAAACAUACUUGAAAGAAAGUUAUCAGUUAGCAUCCGCUAAUGCAAAGAAAAUUGCUGACAAAAACAAACGCAGAUUUGACAUGCGAGUAAGGGAGUCAACACUUGACACAGGUGAUAGAGUUCUAGUGCGAAAUCUCCGUUUUCGUGGUAAACAUAAACUCGCCGAUCGGUGGGAGUCCACUAUUUAUGUUGUACAAAAGAAAGCUGGAGAUAUACCUGUGUAUGUAGUCUGUCCUGAGGGUCAGGAGGGACCCUUGCGCACACUCCACCGCGAUUUACUGCUCCCUUGCGGAUUUCUAUCUGAAGAGGAUGAGAAAAUGGCAAAGCCAAAGCAAGCCUCAAAACCCAAAACAAGACAAAUUCCCGUCUCUCCAGAGGAAGAUACCCUUGAUUUUGACAGUGAUGAUGACUACAUUCAGAGCUAUUACCCCACAACAAUCAGGACAACCACAAGGGUUAUUCAACCAAACAAUGUGAACUCUAACAUGCAUGAUACCCAGGAGAAUCUCUCCAAUGUUGAGGAAUCUGAAAACUUACCUAUGGACUUACCUUCCGAAAUCCUGGAUCAACCUGUGGAAAAACCAUGGACAAACCAAAAUGGAAACUUAGUGGAAGUGACACAAAAUGAACUGAAACCUGGAGAUGAACAAGAAAGUGGACUUACCGAAAUGGAACAUGACCUACUGGACAAUUACUCUCAUACCGAAACUCCUGAGAAAGUCGAACAGUCCAAAGAUAUUGAACAGAGACAAUCUCCUGAAAUGGACAAUGCAGAACAAGAUGUCAGUUCUUUUGAGCUAGCAGACUCAGAUGCUCCAAACAACCAGACUGCUGACCAAAUACGCAGAUCUGAACGGUUGAGAAAGCCAACUGUUAAGUUUACUUAUCCACAGCUUGGUAAACCUUUGAUUUCAUUCGCACAAACUAUAUUAGAUGGGUUUAACAAAGUUUUGGUCGAAACAUUUGAAGGUGCUCCUGUCCUUGCAAUAACAUGAAGGGACUCAUGUUAAUUAAGAGGGGGAGGGUGUAACCCACCUAAAAAACGGGUUAACCAGUUAAUUGUAUUUAAUUAUUAUUAUUAUUUACUCAUACUUUAUGUUAUGAGUAAUGGGGCUUUUAUUUUGAAAAUACUUUUUACUUUGUGGGAACCCGGAAGUAGCGAACUAAAAUAGUUCCGUUCGCAUAACACCGCCAAAAUCAGAUGGAGCUCUGAUAUGGUUUCUUCCACGAGUUAAGAAAAAGUGAAGAAAAGAAGUUCGAGAGCCAUCCAGAAAUCGUUUUUAUCUGUCCUGGCUUCUAUUGGAAAUCCUCUCUUGGUCAGGUUUUUUUUUAUGAGGGGAGCAGAAGAUCCAGAAGCUCCAGUCCUUGAAUCACAUCAAGUGAACCAUUGAUCCAUAGAUGGCGAGCCUUCCCAAUGAGCCGUGAACUUGUACCACAGGAUUCCGGAAGCUGUGGUAGGAUUGUGUCAGUUCACCGAACCGGCAUCAACAAGGUUUUCCUUUUUUUGAAGUAUUUACCCUAGACUUUGACUAUUCUUUUUUUUUUACUGACUUGAACUCUGGAAUUCCUAAGGACGACUUCCAAGGAACAUUUUCAAGAAGGACAUUUUAUUUUAUUCAAAAUUUAUUUUGGGCCCAUAGGUGUUGUGUACACAAUUGUUGUGAAGUGUUUGCUAUAUUUGUUAAACUAAAGUGUUACACAUAUCAAAACGUUAAACUGGUGUUGCUUGGUUAUUACUGUACUUCUCAGCUCCUACGAACCUAGGGUGUACAUCCUCAGAAGUGGGU